UCAGUUCCCCCAGAAGCUUGUUUUGCCACGUUCAGAUGGGAAGACUGCGGUGGUCCACCUCGCCAAGUUCUCUACUACUGGAAACCCGGAUCCCGAUGUGAAGUAGGAAUAUGGAGGGGCUGCCUUCCCAACUUAAACAUGUUUCACGAUGAAUAUGAAUGUGUUUCGACGUGUAUCUUUAGUGUCAGAGCGCAACCUCCAGAUUAUCACGCGAUUUUAGAGAAAGAAGAAAUAGAAAGUCAAACAGAGGUAACUGAAGCUAUGAAUGUUACUAGUAGUUUAAUAGAUGGUAAUACUACGGUUGAAGUUUCUACAGGUCCUGAUUCUAGUAAUACAGCAGAUGCAGUAAAAACUAAUGCAACAAUGAAGACUCCAGUAAAUGAAACUGUAUUAGAAACUGACAAUGCUACAGACACUACCGAAGGAAAUGCCGCGGCGACUAAUAGUACAACCAAAUAAGUGGUUUGUAAUAUGUUAAAGUAUAAAAUAAAAAGAAUUGUGUAAGUUGA